CUCACUCCAUUCAACGCUGGAGCUCACCCGGAGAUCCACCACCAUGUCAACUUUUGCAGCUUCAAUUGCAAUCCUGUAAACAUCUCCACUCACAUGCUGAAGUCUUGUCAGUCUGAUGUCGAAUGCUGAAGAACACGCACAUCGCCUGAAUGACCAGUCUGAUCCGACAGAGAUCUAUACGUUGUUCUCAUGUUCCAUUUGCUCGCAACGACUUGGAGACCCGGUAACCUGCGCAGGCUGCGGAGAAACAAGAUGUCGGGCGUGCUUUGCCCUAUCGACCUCACCGACGCCGCCGCAGAGACCUGAAGGGGAAGCUGCACCGCGGCGGGAUGAUGAGCAUACACAGCCGGACUCGGAGGCAACAGACCCUCCUGUCCAUGCAGAAGGGGUUCGAAUACCAUGCUGCUGUUCAGCACCCCAAUUUAAACGCGCCAAGCAGGAUGUUACGAUUCAUAACCUGCUCACCGCCAUUAUCCGAUCCAACCCUUGUGCUAUUAGUGGAGGUACCGGAACACUCAUGCGCGAUGCCCCGUCUAUCCCGAUAUCGUCUCUCAGGCCACUGUUAAAGCCUAAUCUCGAUUGCAGUGUCUGCUACGACAUUUUCUGUGAUCCCACAACUACUCCAUGCGGUCACAGCUUUUGUCGCGUAUGCCUUCUUCGUUCCAUGGACUACAGUACGAGUUGUCCAACAUGCCGAGCCUCAUUACCCUCUCACCGCGAUCCUCUCGCUAAAAACCGCAUGCUCGCUAAGGCUAUCAUGACGCUUUUUCCAACACAAGCUCGGGAAAGGUGCGAGGAUGUUCGGGCAGGUUUGGAGAUGCCCGCCAAUAUUUUGAAUGGUAACGAUCAGCAGUCAGAGUUGACAAUACCCCUUUUUGUGUGCGCUGUGGGUCUUCCGGAGAUGCCAACGUUUUUGCACGUUUUCGAGCCACGAUAUCGUCUAAUGUUGCGGCGCUGCCUCGAGUCGGACCGAAGAUUCGGGAUAGUUUUACCAUACAGACGCGUCGCCUGGGCAUCGGAUGAUCCUCCAGUGAAUGCCUACGGUCGUCUUCCUUGUAUGACAAAAGGCACAGUCCUAGAGAUUCGUGGCGUGGAGUAUUUGCCAGAUGGACGGAUGUUGGUUGAAAGUUUAGGAGUGGAUAGGUUCACGAUAAGGGAUUGGGCGUGGCAUGACGACUAUCUUAUUGGACGUAUCCGUACGUUCACCGACCUUGUGGCAGCUGAGCAGGCGAGGCUUGAGUUGGAGGAUAUUGCGGUAAACGUUGCAUCAGGCUUGUUACCAGGCGCCGAUUCCGACAAUUCCACAGCUAGUACGUCCAUAGCUGCCUUGCCAACGCACGCACUGAUCUCGCUUGCCGCACGGUUUGUUUCGCAAGUACACAACGCUUCAGCGCCGUGGUUGUCUUCGAGCGUGGUGACUGCGUAUGGUCCAGCACCUCUUGAGGAUGCCAGUAAAUUUUCUUGGUGGUGUGGAGCUGUGUGGCCUGUGGACGAAUGGGAAAAAUGGCGACUGCUUGACGAAACAUCUGUGCGAGGACGGAUGAAAAUUGUGGUGGGAUGGAUGGAGGCCAUGGAGGGAUCUCGAUGGUGGGGAGGCGGAUGUCACAUCAGUUGAAACGUGA